AUGGCUUCUGCAAAACAACCAGCUCCGAGUCAAUUAUCAGGUGCCCGACCGCCUCCAGUUCAUGCAUCAACCUCCUCGAGCAUUAUACACUCAACUGAAAAGCGCUUCAUCGAUGAGAAGCACAUACCCCAUCCAGACGCGAAAUUCCCCGACCAUAUAGCAGUCAACAUACACCCAUCACAGUCCGAAAUCAAUUUUCCUCACGAAGGAGAUAUUCCACCCAACGGAGAUAACCCCCUCCAAACCUUCCACGCCGCGCUAGGCAUUCCACGCCCACGCCUAAUCAAACUCAAACCCCGCCGCAACCUACUAGGCCGCAAGAAGCCCCCCCCUCCCCACGAGGAAAAACCAAAACAACCCAAGCUCACCCCAGCAAACAAAGGUGUCUAUCGCCAAGUCCUGAGCAACGAGCGCCGGUCCCGGUUUCGUUACUCCUUCUGUGAUGGUCUCCUAACAGGCGCAAUAUUCCUCCAGAUACUAGUCGGAGCAAGUGUAACAGCCUUCGGCGCCGGAAGCGUGAGCCAUAUCCUCAUCACAGUAUUCGGCGCAGCGAACACAGCUUUGGCAAGUCUGUUAGCUGUGAUGAAGAGCCAGGGGCUGCCAAAUCGCUUGAGGCAGGAUUGGAAUGGAUGGCGUGAACUUCGAGAGCAUAUUGAGGAGAAGGAGAGGGAAAUUGAUAUGUUGAUGCAGGGGCAUGCGGAAGGGGCCGCGAACUUGGAUGUCUGGGCCGCCGUGAGGGAAGUAGAGGCGAGAUAUAAGACGAUGAGGUUGACGCUAGAGGCUAAUCGUCCGGAUACUUAUAUCCAGGUUCCGCCGUCCAUUUCCUUACCUAGGUGA